CCCUCGCGCGCGACGACGCGGCGCGCGCGACGGCGGCGAUGCGCGCGCGCGAAUCGCCGCCGACGACGACGGCGACGGCGCGUCUCGCGCGACGACGCGACGCGCGCGCGCGGAGACGCGCGCGCGCGACGACGCGGGCGUCGAACGAUGACGAGACGGAGCGCGCGCGGUUGGAGCGAGGCGACGCGUUCGGCGAGCUCGUCGCGCUCGCGGCGUCGAACGGGGUCGUCGUCGAGCGCAGAGUGGACGCGCGGACGGUCGCGGCGGCGAUGUGCGGACCGACGGCGACGACGGUGGCGAACGCGGGGACGGGCGGGGAAACCAUCAAGGGGCUGCCGCCCGGGUUGAAGAAACCGCCGUGGUUGCGACAGCGCGCGCCGAGCGGCGAACGGUUUGAUUAUCUCAGUGAAUCGCUCACGGGGUUGAAAUUGAACACGGUGUGCGAGGAGGCGAUGUGUCCGAACGUCGGGGAGUGCUGGAAUGGGGACACGGGGACGGCGACGGUGAUGUUGCUCGGGGAUACGUGCACGCGCGGGUGCCGAUUUUGCGCGGUGAACACGUCGCAGACGCCGCCGCCGCCGGAUGAGAAUGAGCCGGAGAACACCGCGCACGCGAUCGCGGAGUGGGGUGUGGGGUAUAUCGUGCUCACGAGCGUCGAUAGGGAUGAUAUUCCGGACGGAGGGAGCGAACACUUUGCGCGCACGGUUCGCACGUUGAAGACGAUUAAGAGUUCGGUGCUCGUCGAGGCGCUGACGCCGGAUUUCCAAGGUGAUAUGAACGCGGUGGCACACUUAGCGCGAUCGGGAUUGGACGUUUUCGCGCACAAUGUAGAGACGGUGGAGCGAUUGCAGAAGCGCGUCCGCGAUCCGCGCGCGAAUUACGAACAAUCGCUCGCGGUUUUGCGUCACGCCAAGGCGUCCAAGGAAGGCUUGGUGACGAAGACGUCCAUCAUGCUCGGUUUGGGUGAAGAAGACGAGGAGAUCAAGCAGUGUAUGCGCGCGUGCAAAGAGGCUGGCGUUGAUAUUUUCACUCUGGGACAGUACCUCCAACCGACGCCGCAGCACCUGCCCGUGAAGGAGUUUGUGACGCCGGAAAAGUUUGACUUUUGGAAGGCGUACGGGGAAGAGGUGAUCGGUUUUAGAUACGUCGCCUCGGGCCCGCUCGUGCGAAGCUCGUACAAGGCGGGCGAAUUUUUCAUAGAGAGCAUGCUUCGCAAAGACGCUCUCGAUCGCGGCGAAACGUAAGCU